AUGGUCAAAGAUCACUACAUCACUCGAUGCAGUAGUAUCAGAGAGCAGCCUGUUGCUGAACUUUGCAAGUGGAUUUCGGAGGAAAAGCACUGCUGGAAAUGUGCUCGUUCCCAUGCCCCCGAGACCUGUAAUCUAAAGAAACCCUGCAGUGACUGUGGUGGUAUUCACCUUCAAGUGCUUCAUGGUGUGGCCCAAAGUUAUACAACUAACACAGCAUCAGCUAACUCUGAGAGCCGUAUCUACCUCUUACCAUCCAUUGCAUCAGGCAGAGUCCUUCUGAAGGUGGUACCAGUGCUGCUACAUCACAGAUCAAAGACAUUUGAGACUUAUGCUAUACUGGAUGAUGGAGCACAGCGCACCAUGAUCCUGCCCACUGCUGUCCAGCAACUGCAGCUGAAAGGCGAACCUGAGACUCUAGCCCUUCGUACCGUCCGACCAGACACUACUCACCUCAGUGGCACAAAAGUCACCUUUGAAAUCUCUCCGAGAAAUAACCCAGAGAAACGUUAUCAGGUGUUAGGAGCAUUUACAGCUUCUGGUCUUGAUCUGGUAGAACAAACAUACCCAGUUCAGGCUCUUCGGAGACGGUAUGCACAUCUAAGGGGAGUUCCACUACAGCCAUUUCACAAAGUGCAUCCGCUUGUACUCAUUGGUUCGGACCAAGUUCAUCUCAUUACAGCCAAAGAGCCAAUUCGUCAAGGCACCAAAGGGGGUCCAGUAGCAGUCCAUACAGCUCUUGGAUGGGCUCUCCAAGGAGCAGUAAUGGGUACCACAGACCAGGCACCAGUGCAGCAAUGUUUCUUUAUCUCUACAGCUCACACAGAUGAUCUUCUCUACAGAAAUGUGGAAAGGUUAUGGCAAUUGGACGUAUUGCCCUUUCGCAAUGAGAAGCUGGUGGUCCGGUCCAGACAAGAUAACGAGGCUAUGCAGCUGCUUGAGUCUCAAACGCAGCAAGAGACUCCAGAAAGACCAUGUGAAGGCCUCAAUCUACUAAAACUCAUUGAAGCAGAUUAUGUAGCCAAACUGAACCAAAGGGAAGCAGCCCAGGCAGAAGAAUCAUGGUACCUGCCCCACCAUCUGGUGAGCCAUAACAAUAAACCACGACUGGUUUUUAACUGUUCAUUCAAACACCAGGGUCUUUCUCUUAACAAUCAACUCCUGCCUGGCCCUGCUCUUGGACCAUCACUGUUGGGCGUCCUUCUGAGAUUCAGAGAGCAUCAUGUGGCUGUAAGUGCAGAUAUUAAGGGCAUGUUCCAUCAGGUUCGUCUCCUACCAAAGGACAGACCCUUUCUCCGUUUAAUUUGGAGAGACCUGCAGAGCGAGAACCCUCCAGAUGUAUAUGAAUGGCAGGUCCUACCAUUUGGUACAACAAGCAGUCCAUGCUGUGCCAUCUUCGCUCUGCAACAUCAUGCUCAUAAUUCUGAAGCCGAAUAUCCAGGGUUACAAGAAAUAGUACACCAGAGCUUCUAUGUGGACAAUUGUCUCACAAGCUUUCGUACUGUUGCUGCAGCCAAACAAAAAGUGGAUCAACUACGCAGCAUGUUAGCAAAAGGAGGAUUCGACCUCAGACAGUGGGCUAGUAGUCACCCAGCCGUGAUCGCUCAUCUUCCUACUGAAGCCCGCUCCUCCGCUACAGAGCAGUGGUUGGUCCAAACCCAUGUUGAACCAAUGGAGCCUACAUUGGGGCUUCGUUGGAACUGCGCAACUGAUAGCCUUGGCUAUCAUUACCGGCCUAUUGAGCAUGCAGCCCUGACAAUGAGAACAGCCUACCAGGUGCUGGCAUCUCAGUAUGAUCCAUUGGGGUUUAUACUACCAUUUACCACAAGGGCUAAGGUAAUCAUCCAACAGUUGUGGACAAAAAAGAGAGACUGGGAUGAUCCAAAUCUACCGCCAACCCUUAAGGCGGCCUGGAUAAUUUGGGAGAGUGAGCUAGAACAUCUCAGGGCAGUAUCCAUUCCUCGCUGUUACCUAACGGUCUUCACAACUCCAGCAGAACAGAACAUUUCCCUCCAUGUGUUCUGCGAUGCCUCUGAAAAAGCAUAUGGGGCAGUGGCAUAUUUUGCAAUUCAAUCCGACAGUGUCAUUCACGUUUCCUUCAUAAUGGCCAGAUCGAGGGUUGCUCCAAAGAGGCAGCAGUCAAUGCCUCGUCUGGAGCUUUGUGCUGCCUUAGCUGGAGCACAGCUAGCCAAACUGGUGAGGAAUGAGACCACUCUCUCCAUCAGUCAGACAAUCCUAUGGACAGACUCCUUGACUGUGCUGGAAUGGAUUCAAUCAGACUCCUGUCGAUAUAAAGUGUUCGUCGGAACUCGAGUCUCCGAGAUACAGGAGCUAACUGAUCACAGAUCAUGGAGGUACGUGAAUACACAGGACAACCCCGCUGACGACAUAACACGAGGGAAAUCACUCCAAAGUCUGGCUGAGCCUAGUCGCUGGAGUCAAGGACCUCCAUUCUUGAAACAAAACGAAGAACACUGGCCUAAAAAACCUGAACUCACCCAGUCAGAGGGAGUAUCCGAAUUAAAAGGACUUCCAAGCUACUGCCUAAUAGCAUUUGACAUUGUCUCCAACCUCCCUAAAUCUACCCAGUUCAAAUCAUGGUGUGAAUUAGUAGAAGCAACUCGACGGGCCUGUCAUGGGGCGGCCACAUCGGAUUGUGCUUCCAGUGAGCCUAUAACAAGCAAAGAGGCAGAAGCUGUCCUGAUAAGAGCAUGCCAACUCCAGAGCUUUCCUGAAGAAGUUGCUGCCCUCAAGGCAAAGAAACCAGUUCCUGCACACAGCCGAUUAGUCAGUCUUGCUCCAGAAUGGGAUCCACUGAAAAACAUGAUAAGAGUUGGAGGCAGAUUAAGAAGGUUAGCAAACUCAGACCCAGAACAAAUCCACCCUAUUGUGCUGGACUCCAGACACACAAUAACGAAGCUCCUUAUCAAAGAAUUUGAUGAGCGUCUGUUACAUCCAGGAGCAGAAAGAGUCUACGCUGAAAUAAGGAGACAGUACUGGAUUCUUAGAGGGCGUCAGGCCAUAAAGUACCAUCAGCUACACUGUCUGUCCUGUCAGCGAUGGAGAGCUCAGCCAAAGGUCCCACAAAUGGCAGAUUUGCCACCAGAACGUCUCCGAUUGCUCUGUCCACCUUUCCACUCAACUGGUGUUGACUGCUUUGGCCCAUACCUGGUCAAAAUCGGGAGAAGAAAUGAGAAACGCUGGGGACUAAUCUUCAAAUGUCUUACAACUAAGGCAGUACACAUUGAGCUCCUCAAUUCAAUGGAUGUAGAUGCCUUCCUUCUUGCGCUCCGCCGGUUCAUAGCCAGAAGAGGUAAACCACACGAGAUCCGUUCGGAUUGUGGCACCAAUUUCCGGGGAGCUGACAGAGAAUUACGGGAAGCUUUCUCAAUUAUGGAGCCAGAACUCAAAGUUCAGCUUUCAGACUAUCAAAUUAGCUUCAUGUUCAAUCCACCUAGUGCUCCACACUUUGGCGGAAUAUGGGAGCGUGAAGUCCGUUCCAUAAAGAAUGCUCUCCAGGUGGCUCUCGGAACGCAAGCUGUCACAGAAGAUGUUCUGUCCACAGUCCUAGUGGAAGUAGAAGGGAUCCUCAAUUCGAAACCAUUAGGAUAUGCCUCAUCAGAUGUUGCUGACAUGGAUCCGAUUACUCCUAAUAUUCUCCUUAUGGGGCGGCGGGAUGCAUCGCUGCCUCAGGUGGCAUACGCUCCAGGAGACAUGGGGCGGCGGCGAUGGCGGCACUGUCAGAACAUGGUGGACCAGUUCUGGAUUCACUUCACUAGAAACUACUUGCCUACGCUCCAGACCCGACAGAAGUGGCAUAAGGCUUCAAAGAACCUGGAAGUUGACUCUGUCGUACUGAUUGUGGAUCCGCAGCUCCCAAGAGCUCAGUGGCCCAUAGGCAGAGUUCGAAAGACAUUGCCCAGUAGUGAUGGAUGUGUGCGGACUGCUGAGAUCGUCGUUAAUGGUAAAGUUUACACCAGACCAGUUGCCCGCCUGAUAGAGUUACCUGCUUUAGAAGGUAAUACCAAAGACAUUUAGAGAAUUCCCUUUAUUACCCAUUUGCUGCUCAAAUGUGGGGGCGGCUGUUGUGAAUUCUUUCCUUUUAAGUUUAAGAGUUGCGAUCUGCGUUAUGUUGCAGUAAUGACUUGCGUAAAUAACGUAGUGCAGCAUUCAUAGUAUGUACGGUUGUAACGUGACCGGUUAUUCACUGUUGCUUCAGCACGGCAGACCCGCCGCGCGCUCUCACUCAGGUGCAGUGUUUAUGUGCAAGAGAAAGUGCGUGAUGAAAAACUACCUCAAAUACACUAACAUGUGUGUUAGGUCACAUCUUGUGCAAUAAAUCAUCAAAUAAAUAUGAUGACUCCGACUCCUUGACAAGAGUUCUGCAGCGGUCAAUAAAUAUUAACCAGCAUUCAGUGGGGCAAUCC